UUUAAUUUUAAUAGCCUCUACGCAGCUUUCGGGUGUGUGUUACGCUCUGUCACAGGGAUCGGCGGCGCCGGAGAGAUUCGGUCGUUAAGUGUUGCGCUUCCAUUUGCUUUUACAGUCUGUUGCAGUGGAUUGAGGAGCGUUUCGGGGCUGCAUUGAGUGGACUUCGGGUGGAAGUUUUGGACGUGAGUAGAUUUGGUGAGGGCUUUGGAGGUUUUGGAGUUAGGUACUGGAGGUUUUGGGGAGUGUUCCGAGUUUGGAUCGUUCCCGGAUCACUACCAGGGGAGAAGUGUUUCUUUGGUGCGUAGCGUUGCGUUUCUGGGAUUCGAGAUCUAUUGGCAGGUGACAAUCAAGGAGAUAGCGAUGGGUCUUCAACCUGGAGUGCAACAGGUGGACACGACUUGUGGUUCGCUACUCCGUGAGCUCCAGCACAUUUGGGACGAAGUUGGAGAAAGCGACAGCGAUAGAGACAAAAUGCUCUUGCAGUUAGAACAGGAAUGUCUAGAGGUUUACAGGCGGAAGGUGGAUAAUGCCAGUCACAACCGUGCACUCCUGCACAAGACUAUUGCCGAUGCGGAGGGGGAAUUCGCUGCACUCUUUUCAGCUCUAGGUGAACUAACGCUCUGUCAACGUGAGAGGUGCACUGGUACGUUGAAGGAGCAGGUUGCUGCGAUUGGACCUCAUUUAGAGGAGCUACGCAAGAGGAAAGACGACCGUGCGAGACAGUUCCAUGAGGUGAAGAUGCAGAUUGCCAACAUCUGUGGAGAAAUUGCAGGAUCGAAUUACUCCGAUAUGUACGCUGACGAAGUCCAAGAUCUUGCUCUCAGGAGGCUGGAGGAGUAUCAAGCUCAGUUAACAGCCUUACAGAAAGAGAAGAGUGAGCGGGUGCACAAAGUGUUGGAGUAUGUGAAUUUGAUCCACCAAUAUUGCUCGGUGAUGGGAAUGGACUUCUUUCCACUUCUUGCUGAGAUUCAUCCCAGCCUGGAUGAAUCGAAGGGACUUCCCAGCAGCAUCAGCAACGACACUCUCGACCUUCUUGAGAAAACCAUUCAGUCUUUGGAAGCUGAAAAGCAUGAACGGGUUAUGAAGGUCAAAGAAAUUGGCGCAUCAAUGUUAGAAUUGUGGAGCUUGAUGGACACCCCAGUUCACGAUCAGCAAAUGUUCGCGCACAUCACAUGCAACAUUGCCGCUGAGGAGAAUGAAAUUACCACCCCAGGAUGCCUCUCAUUGGAGACUCUAGAGCAGGCGGAGAUUGAUGUUGGAAGGCUACUAGCUUUGAAAAUCAGCAAAAUGAAAGAACUCGUGCUGAAAAAGCGUGUAGAGCUGGAGGAGGUGUGCAGGAACGCGCAUUUGGAGCCAGACCCGAAUACCGCAGAAGACAGACUCGUCGCAUUAAUUGAGUCAGGCGUGGUCGACGCAGCAGACCUUCUCACCAAUCUUGAGGGUGAGAUCAGCAAAGCUAAGCAAGAAGUUUCCAGCAGGAGAGAUAUUAUGGUGCUUAUGGAGAAGUGGAUGUUGGCUUGCGAAGAGGAGGGAUGGCUCGAAGAGUACAAUAAGGAUGAGAAUCGAUUUGCUAGCAAAGGUGCUCACCUCAAUCUCAAACGUGCUGAGAAGGCUCGGGCAGCGAUCGCUAAACUUCCAGCUCUGGUUGAUUCGUUGACACUGAAGACAAGGGCUUGGGAAGAGGAGCGUAACGUUCCAUUCAUGUUCGAUGGGGUACGGUUACUUGCAAUGCUGAAUGAAUACAAUCAUCUAAGAGAAGAGAAGGAGGAAGAGAAACGACGAUUGAGGGAUCAGAAGAAACUUCAAGAGCAGCUGUUGAACGAGAAAGAGGUUCUAUUUGGGUCUAAGCCAAGUCCAAGUAAAUUCGCUAUAAAUCCAAGGAGAGGAGGUAUUGGUUCUCGAGCCAGUAGUAUUGGUACGCGUCAAGAAUCUGUACCAAACAGGCGUCUUUCUCUUGGCAAUGCUAUUAUGCAGCCAGGAACUCCAGAGUUUACACGUAAUAGUACUAUCACAAGGACGGGAUCCUCAGCCGGUAAGGAUAUGAAGCCUGGGCGACCCAGACUUCCUUCCAAUCACAUGGGAAGCAGCAAGGACGACGUCAGCUCUGCAGGUGGCAAGAACGGUAUGGCUGCUGUUAAUCAUCCUCAAGCACAAGAGUUAGCCGCAGCUUAUCGGCAACCUCUGUACCCUUUCUCACCCUUAGCUCCAUUGAAGCAACUCCAUAUGGAUGAUGCCAGCAAUCGUGCAGCCUACUUGACGGUAAAGAAGCCAACUACUCCUUCAGGUGCCCACUUGGGUCACGUGAAGAGUGGCAUGCCAAGCACGCCAACCUCUUUUGGAGAUUUGGAGAAUACUACCCCUCGCAUGCAGCGCACCCUUGAAUUCUCGUUUGAUGAUCGCCGAGCCAGUGUACCCUACGGCGGCCUGCAAACUAGUUACUAGGCUGGUGCUAUUGCCAAAAGGGCAAAUCACUCAUUUUUUCCUCCUGUACAUUUAGCUAUCAGAACUUCCAGGCGACAAUCCUUAUUGCCUUGGUUUUAUAGUAUGUCUUCCUAACUGCGCUGAUCAAGCGACUCGUCAUCAUCAAUUGAGACAAACACAGUUGCAACUCAUGCGUAGCAGCACUUUUUAGGAAAGUGACAUGGAAUGUCCGAAAGUCGUAGAUCAAUUUCAGACAGUUGAUUACAUUCCGGAUUAAUGAUAGAUUGGCUAUGCAGUGCAAAAUGGCACCUUUGUACAGAAUUUUUUCAACUUACAACUUCAGACUCCUCCCACUGAUACUACUCUUUCAGCAUA